GAGAAGGCGGCGGACUCAGAUGCGCUCUGUUUGAACCGACUGAGGCCUUUGCUUUUUGAGGAGUUUGGUCCACGGACAGAGAAGCUGACCGGGCAGUAGGUGUCAGUGAGCAAGACUGAGAAGGUACCUAUUCUUAUGGAGUUUACAUUUUGGUGGAAGAAGAUAUACAAAACUCAAGGAAAUAAACAAGAUCAUUUCAGAUAGUGUGUGCGGUGAGAAGAUGGAGGAAUAUGAGGAGUUCUGCAAGAAAGCACUUGCUCGAGCUCAGGAAGCAUCACUGUCCACAGACAGCUUCCUGCCUGCUCAGGCAGAAAGUGUCUCACUCAUCCGUUUCCAUGGAGUGGCUGUGCUUUCUCCACUGCUUACCAUUGAGAAGAGAAAGAAAAUUCAACAGGAAAAGCAGAAAGCACUUGAUGUGCAAACAAGAAAGCAGGCUAAUAGGAAGAAAGCCUUACUGACUCGUGUCCAGGAGAUUCUUGAAAAUAUUCAGGUUAGAAAAGCACCAAAUGCCAGUGAUUUUGAUCAGUGGGCGACAGAAACCAUUUACUCUAAUCCAGAAGUCACAGACUUGAAUGUUCCUUUUACAAUUCCAAACAGCUUGCCUAGCCCCACUGAACAAGUAAAGCUUGAAAAGAUAACUGGACUUUUGCCUGUGAAUAAUGAGGACCAACAAAACCCUAAUAGGAUAGGGCUGCCUAGAGACUCAGAGGGGUCUGAUUCUCUGAAGCAUUGUGAGAAUCCAGAAAGCAGGCAGGCAGAAAAUGGAGCUGCUCCAAGGCUUUCUUCAGCAAGCUUGCAGGAGACUGUCAUUUCUGAUGGUCCCCUCUCAGUAAAGGAAGAACAGGACCCAUCAUGUUUGGCUGAAGUCACUCCAGAUCCCUACAUAAUGAGCCUUCAGAAUCUAAUGAAGAGGUCAAAGGAAUAUGUGGAAAGAGAACAAUCUAGCCGGAGUCUGAGAAGUAGUCUGAAGAGAAGUGUUAUUGAAACUCAUUCAGACAAAGAAAACGAUGCUGCUAAGGCUGGUGGUUGUGUAAAGGAGAAGACCCCACCCAUGCCCAUAGGCAGGCACUGUGGCUCUGCCAUCCCUGACAAACCAAGCCUUAAUAAGUCAAAUGUUCUCCUCCAAGGUGCCUCUCAAGCAAGCAGCAUGGGCACGUCAAUUUUAGCUAGCCUUUCUAAAACAGACCUACCUGCAGGAACUGCUUCUCCCUCUGUUCCAGAUGCUGAGCCAGAUUUCAAAGUUAUUCCUACCUUUGUUACUGAAAAUAAAGUUAAAAGUCUUACAGGUCCAUAUGCCAAAUUACCUAGUCCAGAGCCAAGUAUGAGUCCUAAACUGCAUCGAAGGCAUGCCCGGUCAUCAUCAGCAUGUCAGAUCCUUAUAAACAACCCAGUAAAUGCCUGUGAGCUAAGCCCAAAGGGAAAAGAAGAGGCAGUGGAUAGAAUCACUUCAACUGCUGCUGAAACAACAAAUGAAUCCGAAAUUGUGCCAAAGUCACCAACUGAUUUGACAGGGGUUUGUUCAAGCAAGGUUUCUGCUACCAAAAUUAUGUCUGAUACCACCAGAGAGAUGGUUGUGGGUAAGCCAAGUCAGGUGCAUCAGGCUUUAGGAAAUCAGUUAGGCAAGAACAUCACUGUUGAGCAGUUUGCUAUGGAAGGUCCCUUCAUACCUGAUGACAGGGGAGUCCAGAAGAUGGACAGUACUUGUAUGGCUGUGCCCAAGUUGCAUGAACUGCAACCCACCAGUCAGUGUGUGUCAAGUCAAACCUUAGAAGAUGAAUGUGGAUUCAAGUCAGCCAGUAUGUUAGCAAAAAACUCCUGCAAUUUACAAAUGGAACUGAAUAAAUCUUACGAUGUGAAACACCCAUCUCCCUUACUUAUGCAAACCCAGAGUUCCAGACAGCAGAUGGAUACACCACCAGUGUCCCGUGGAAAUGAACAAUUUAUAGAUAACAGUUUUGAAAAAGUUAAGCGGAGACUUGAUUUAGAUGUUGAUAGUUUACAAAAAGAAAAUUGUCCUUAUAUUAUAACAGCUGGCAUAGCUGAGCAGGAGAGGGAACGUCUGCCAGAAAGAAGAUACCCUAAGGGAUCUGUCUACAUUAACAAGAAUAAGAUGCUAGAAACUAGCCUCAAAGAAGGCCAGGAGCUACUGAAAAGCAAGAUGUUAGCUUUUGAAGAAAUGCGGAAGAGACUAGAGGAACAGCAUGCCCAACAGUUAUCACUCCUCAUAGCUGAGCAGGAGAGGGAGCAGGAGCAACUGCAAAAGGAAAUAGAAGAGCAGGAGCAGAUGCUGAAGGAGAAGGCAGUUACAACGGAUGCCUCUGACUUGAGCAGUGUGAUGGAGCGAGAGUGGAGAAAAAGAAGUGAUUCCGCUUUGCUGGAAACAAUGCUGUCCCAAGUGGACUCGCUCCAGACUUCAAACAACUCUGGCUUCAUAAAUUCUGCCCUACAAUAUAGCUUUGGCUCUGCAAGUGAAGCACCGUUCUACCUCUGGGGAUCACUGACCAGUGGCGUGACCAAACUCUCAGUAACAAGGCCUUUUGGACGGGCCCAAGCUAAAUGGUCUCAGGUUUUUAGUCCAGAAAUACAAGCAAAAUUUAAUAAAAUAACUGCCGUGGCAAAAGGGUUUCUUACUCGUAAACUUAUGCAAACAGAUAAACUGAAGCAACUUCGACAGACCGUAAAAGAUACUAUGGAAUUCAUACGAAGUUUUCAGUCAGAAGCCCCUCUGAAGAGAGGUGUUGUCUCAGCCCAAGAUGCUUCCCUUCAGGAACGAGUAUUAGCUCAGUUGCGAGCUGCCCUGUAUGGUAUUCAUGACAUCUUUUUCGUAAUGGAUGCAGCUGAGAGAAUGUCAAUCCUCCAUCAUGACCGAGAAGCCCGCAAAGAGAAACUGCUCCGGCAAAUGGAUAAGAUGAAAAGUCCACGAGUGGCACUUUCGGUGGCAACACAGAAGUCCCUCGACAGGAAGAAGUUCAUGAAAGUUGCUGAGAUGGGAAUGCCAAGUAAGAAGUUCCUGCUUAAGCAGAGCCCUUCAGAGACAAGAGUCCUUCAGCCAAACCAAGGACAGAAUGCGCCAGUUCAUAGGCUACUUAGUAGACAAGGAACCCCUAAGACAUCAGUGAAGGGGGUUGUGCAAAGUAGACAGAAGCCUCCACAGAGCAGAGUGCCUAACAGAGCGCCUGUGUCAGGAGCAUAUGCAGGAAAAAUCCAAAGAAAGCGGCCAAAUGUUGCGACAAUUUAAGAAGACAGCACUCACUGGGAUGAAGCAGGGGAGCAGGGCUGCCGCCACCCACAUUCCAGUCUAGUUGGGGCUUCUGACUCAGCCCUAGACUCGGGUUAUACAGGCAAGGGACAGCAAGGGCUGAACAUUGGCCUGUAUCAUCUGGUCAGCUUGGACUAUUCCUGCCUCAUUUUUCCAGUAAUGUUAGUUUGGGUAAAAAUGAUUAGCAUUUAGUAAUUGCCUCGUUUCUGAGCUUAGCCUAUAUAAACAUACUGUAUGUGUCCAGAGAUCUACAGUCACCCUUUUUUUAAACAUAAAAAGACAUUUAGACUUAUUUUUUACAAAUUAUUGGAAAGAUAUUACCAAUUUUAAAUUAUCUCUAAAACCUAAAUUUCAUUCAUGAUUGCUGAAUUUGAUAAACAAAUUAGAUACUGUUCUAUUCAAAGGAAAAUUAUUGCAGAAAUACCUGUUUUUCUAAUUUUAAACACCCAGAAUCUCAUAUCCUUUGACUUGCAGUGAGCUACAUAAGAUGAAACACUUGCCUUGCUAAAUCCCAAAUAAGUGACUAGGGAUCUUGGUUUUGGGUAGAAGAACACAUUCUUGCAGACAACUAGUUGUUUUACAGAAAUGUUAGCUUUCAUGUGUGUUACUAUUAGGUAUACGUAGACUAGACUAUACACACUAUCCUGGAAGGUGGCAAGUUUAGAGACGCUAGCACAGUUUUCAUGAACAUAUAACCUGGGCAUGCACUGUGAUGGGGCAGCAGAGUGCAUGUGGCUAGUUCUAGUUAGUCUAUAUUGUUUGUUUCUUCAGUCUUCUUUUUCUAGCAUGCUUUACAUAGGAGAGAAUAAAGGGCUAUUUAAUAAGAAAUCUGGAUCUCAGAUAGCAUAGUAAUACUGUCUAGUUUAAAACCUGCAGUAAAGGUACUCAGAUUUAUGGCUUUCAUGACUAACAUUAAAUGCACCAACCAACAAUGUACCAUGAAAACAGGAUUUUAUAAAACCGAAUGUCACUUAUCAAAUUAUUUCGAAAAGGGCUUUGUGCUUCUUAUGUAACAUUGGGAUUGUGUAUAUUUGAACCUUAUAACUUGAAUUUUAAAGAUAGUAGUAUUUUGAAGAUGUAGCCUAUAUAUUCUUAAUAACCUUUUUAGGAAUAUGGAGAUAAAGAUUGUUUUUCUGAUUUUUCUUCCGUAUGAGAUUUGACUUUUAUACCCAGCCAGAAGUUACAAAAUACCCACUCUGGGUAUAAGCUUGAUUUCCUUUAUUGAGACUUAACCAUUCAUUAGAGAGAAAAAGAAGACAGUCAAAACAGGUCCAGGGUACAAAUUUUGUACUCGUAGGAAAGGUAUACGUCAGGGUUACCUUUCAACUAUGACAAACUGCUUUAUCGUUCCAGACACUCAGGACUCCACUGUGUCAUUGUGGGCUCUUCAGUAAGGAGGAGGAGCUAAAAGUUUGCGUAUAUUAAUAUGAAUUAGCUAAAGUGAGCUAUGUUUUGGAAAGUUACAAUUACUUUUAGAUUAAGGAUGAGAAACUGGAGUGUUUUUAAUUUCAUGGUAAAAGUUUGUAUGUUUUACAUUUGAAUGUUCACAGUUUUCUUUCAGAAAAGUGCCAGACACUGUUUUGUGCUUUUAAAGAAGUUUUAUUUAUAUGUAUUAUUUUUUAUUGUUAUUUUUACUUUGAUUGGAAUGUCUAUUAAUGUGAAUUGUAUUUAUUUUUAUACUUUGAUUUUCACUAGUUUUGCUUCUAGGUAAAAGGCAAAAUAAACUUUUCAUCCUAAAGG